AUCACCGGAGCCUGUCUGUUUUUUCUCCCAAAAGUUAGAGAGAUUUAUAUAUGGGUAUUUCUUUCUUAUUCUGUCAAUCUUCAAGCUCCAUUAUCGCUGGGUUUGAUUUAAGGAAGAAAAAACUUCUCAGUCUGCUGUUCUUCAAAACCAGUUACCUUUUCUACUAAAUGUUUGGUGUUUGGUGGAGGGAGAAAGAAGGAAGUCAAGGGGUUUAGAGGGAGAAAACAAGUAAGACUAAGAACAGUCUACACAGAAGUAGAUAUGGAUUUGAAGCAGAUAUGGAUUUCAAGGGGUGUCGCUGAUGCUAUUUUAAUGGAUUUGUACAAAAAGGCAGUAGAAGCAGUUAAUAAAGGUGAUUACUCAGGGGCCAAAAAAAUUAUGCAAGGUGAUUACCCAGGGGCCAAAAAAAUUAUGCAAGACUCUAAUUGGGAUAAGGAUGAUCCCUAUUUUGCUUAUUGUCGGGCUAGAAUUUAUUCUGAACUUGCUGCUAAAGACGAGCCAAAAUUUCAAGAAUUAAAUAAGAGUCUUGCCAUUGCAUUCGCUAAAAAAGCUUAUGAAAGAUUUCCGCUUGCCGUUGAGUUUGCUGUUUUCUAUGGUACUUUGCUGCUGGAGUCGACAGAAGAUAAGCAGGCGUAUAAGGAGGCGGUUAUUGUGUGCAGGACUGCUACAGGUUCCCGGUAUCAAAAGUAUCAAGUAUUUCAUGAGAGUUCCGAGGAGGAGGAACAAUUUGUUCUUGAGAGGCUAAAUUCUCUUCUUCAUAAAGCAGAGAAUUUUCAUGUUGAGAGUCUGCACAGAAUGCCCAAGGAUUCCAGUACUCCAAAAUCAUCAUUAGUAGUUGAAUGUGAAAGUGAGUUAAAAGAAGGCAAACAUCAAGGAGGUGAUUCUGAUAAAACAAGUAAGAACAAGAAGAACAAGAAGAAGAAGAAGGAAGAGAAUCCUAUAGAGAGCAGUGAUCACAGAGAAGCUAAUAAUGAGCUGCUUUUCUACACCUGAUAGUCAUCCAGAAAUCAUUAAUGGUGAACCUGAUGCUAGCUUAGCACAAGAAGAAGAAUGUACACGCCCUGAAAUUGAUCUUGCAGCGGAGGAGAAAGCUCUUGCAGAGACCCCAGAGCAUAAAAAGAGCUUUAGUAAUGAGGCAGAACAAAAGCGCCUGGCCGAGUUACAUAAGAAGGAAACUGGAAGAAUGCCAGAUAGUGAGGCAGCAAAGGCACCAACGGUAAUGCAUGCCGAAGAACUCCAAGCCAACCUAAAGGAAACCAACCUGCAAAGCCCUGGUGCAGGGUCUUGCCUCCACAGUCAUCUUCAGAAUCAGGUGGUUUUGAAGUUUCACAAAAUCCAAUCAUGGUUGGCACAGGGAACAAUAAGGAUGCAUUUGAAACGUUGUUCAAACAUGAAGCUGGUGGUAAAUAUUGUUUUCUGAAUGGUAUCAUACAGUCCUUAUGGCAUUUAAAACGGUUUCGCGAAAAGUUUCUUGUACCAGAACUAAGUCAUACCUGUAUUGGGGAUUCUUGUGCUGUAUGUGUAUUAUGUGAUAUUUUUAAGAAUUUAAGGUUGCCAUCUACAAGUAUGCAGACUGAAGCUUUGAGAGAUACUCUCAGCAAGUUGUAUCCAGAUAAAAGAUCCUUUCAAAAGCUAAAUCGCUAUUAGUUUGUUGUACCAUCUCAUGUCAUCUCAUCAGGAUAUAUUUCGGGACAGAUGGGUGAUGCUUCUGAAAUAUUGACAACAAUCUUUGACUGCCUUCACGAGUCAUUUACUUCUGAUUCAAGUGUUCAAGGCGACUCCGGUGUUAAAUGCAAUAAAAGCAGCAUCGGGUCAUGGGACUGUGCAAGUGAUGCUUGUAUAGCACAUUCUCUUUUUGGAAUGAAUAUCUUUGACCAGGGGAUAUGCAGCAUGUGCCGUGCGGAGUCGUGUAAAAUGAUGUACACUAAAUUGUUUUACAACAUCAAUGCUAGUGCUCUCCAAACAAAGAAGGUUAUUAAUAGCAAAGUUGAUAACUCCUUUGGUAUCGCUAAGACGAAAGAAACAUUAGAACAUCCAUUGCCUCAAGCGCGUUUCUGUGCGCAAGCUAUUUACAUCGAUCACUUUCUUUCAACUCCACCCCAUGUGUUCACAGCAGUUCUUGACUGGCCGAAUAUGAACGAGAGUGGAAAGGGCAUAUCAGCGACACUAGCAUCCUUAACUACCGAGUUAGAUGUUUCUACUGUAUAUAAAGGGCUGAAUCAAGGGAGCAAACACCAUCUACGUUCAGUGGUUUGCUACUGUAAACACAAUUAUUGGUGCAUUGCAUACAGCUGUGAGCAAGAAAAAUGGGAACUAUAUACUGACAAAACUGUCAAGUUAUUAAACUUUGUGAAGAAUCAUGUGUAAAACCUCAAGUUCUUUUCUUUGAAGCUAAAGAAAAUUUAUUAGCCUCUACACUAAUUCAUUCUGGAAGCGAAGUUGAGCAAGCCCUUAACAGUGGGGA